AUGCCUUCCGCAGCUGGACUACGCUACACGGACAACCAGCGCGUGAUCAUCCACGUGAAGGACGUGAACGACGAGCCGCCGUACUUCAUCAACCGGCCGCUGCCGAUGCAGGCCGUGGUGCAGCUCAACGCCCCGCCCAACACGCCCGUCUUCACGCUGCAGGCCCGCGACCCGGACACCGACCACAACAUCCACUACUUCAUCGUGCGCGACCGCACCGGUGGCCGCUUCGAGGUGGACGAGCGGUCGGGCGUGGUUCGCACGCGCGGCACGGACGCCUUCCAGCUGGACAUGGAGUACGUGCUGUACGUGAAGGCCGAGGACCAGAACGGCCGCGUCGACGAGCGCCACUUCCAGUCCACGCCCGAGGAGCGGCUCUCCAUCGUGGGCGGCAAGCGCGCCCCGCAGUUCUACAUGCCCUCCUACGAGGCCGAGAUCCCCGAGAACCAGAAGAAGGACUCCGAUAUAAUUUCAGUGAAAGCAAAAUCUUUUGCUGAUCGUGAAAUUCGAUACACACUGAAGGCCCAAGGUCAAGGUGCAGGUACUUUCAAUAUUGGACCUACUUCAGGAAUUGUUAAACUAGCCAAGGAACUAGAUUUUGAGGAUCUCCGUCAACCUCAUGUUUAUUCUCUAAUUGUUACUGCCACUGAAGAUUCUGGAGGUUUCUCAACAUCUGUGGAGCUUACAAUACGAGUCACAGAUGUCAAUGACAAUGCUCCAAAGUUUGAAUUACCAGAUUACCAGGCUCAUAAUGUUGAUGAAGAUGUACCUCUUGGAACAUCAAUAUUGAAAGUGAAAGCAACAGACUCAGAUUCUGGUGCAAAUGCAGAAAUUGAAUAUAUGGUUUCAGAUGAUCAUUUCAGUGUAGAUUCUAGUGGAAUCAUAUCAAACAAUAAACAGCUGGAUGCAGAUAACAACAAUGCGUACUAUGAAUUUGUUGUGACUGCAAAAGAUAAAGGAGAACCAUCAAAGACUGGGACUGCUACAGUACGAAUUUACACUAAGAACAAAAAUGAUGAAGAGCCUAAGUUUUCUCAACAAGUUUACACACCAAAUGUUGAUGAGAAUGCAGGACCCAACACUUUAGUUACUACAGUUGUUGCUUCUGAUAAAGAUGGUGACAAUGUGCGUUUUGGUUUCGUUGGUGGUGGGACAUCAUCUGGACAGUUUGUUAUUGAGGAAAUCACAGGUGUAAUACGUCUGCAUGGUAAUGAAAUUUCAUUAGAUCGUGAUAAAUAUGAACUGAAUGUAACAGCAAUGGAUGAUGGUUCAUGUUGUGUUAAUGGGGAUAGCACUAUUCACACAAGCACAGCUGUUGUUGUUGUUUUCAUAACUGAUGUGAAUGACAACAAACCAGUUUUUAAGGACUGUGGAACUUACUCACCUAAAGUUGAAGAAGGUGCACCAAAUGGAAGCCCUGUCAUUAAGGUACACGCAACAGAUGAAGAUAAGGGAGUUAAUGGACAGGUGAAAUAUUCCAUUGUCCAACAACCUAAUCAAAAGGGAACUAAAUUCACUGUUGAUGAAGAAACAGGUGAAGUCUCAACAAAUAAGGUGUUCGAUCGUGAAGGUGAUGAUGGAAAAUUUGUGUCAGUAACGGUGAAAGCCACUGACCAAGGAGAACCUUCCCUGGAAGGUGUAUGCUCAUUUACUGUGGAGAUUACUGAUGUUAAUGACAAUCCUCCCCUUUUUGACAGACAGAAAUACAUAGAGAAUGUGAAACAAGAUGCAAGCAUUGGAACUAACAUACUGAGAGUGUCAGCAUCAGAUGAGGAUGCUGAUAAUAAUGGUGCCAUUGUAUACACAUUAAGUGCACCAUACAAUCCAGAUGAUCUGGAAUAUUUUGAGAUUCAACAAGAAUCAGGAUGGAUAGUUCUGAGGAAGCCGUUAGAUCGAGAGACGUACAAGUUGGAAGCCAUGGCUCAAGAUAAAGGAUACCCUCCCUUGUCCCGAACCGUCGAAGUUCAAAUAGACGUUGUGGACCGUGCAAACAAUCCUCCAGUCUGGGACCAUGUUGUGUAUGGACCCAUCUACAUUAAAGAAAACAUGCCAGUUGGGGCAAAAGUUGUGUCUGUUAAAGCCAGUUCUGGUAUAGAAGGAAAUCCAACUGUUUUCUAUCGCCUCAUGCCAGGAUCUACAGCACAAACCAACAAAUACCAUACUUUCUAUUUACAACAAAGAGCUGACAAUGGAUUUACUUGGGCAGACAUCAAAGUGAAUCACCCAUUAGAUUAUGAAAGUAUUAAGGAAUAUAAUCUCACAAUACGUGUGGAGAAUAAUGGAGCACAACAGCUGGCUUCAGAAGCAACAGUAUAUAUUCUGCUGGAAGAUGUAAAUGAUGAGAUACCACUGUUCACUGAGAGAGAGCAAGAGACUGUUCUUGAAGGUGAACCUAUUGGAACGAAAGUGACACAGGUCAAUGCAAUUGACAAAGAUGGGACUUUUCCUAAUAAUCAGGUGUACUACUACGUGGUCGACUCUCCUCGGAACGAGGGUAAGGACUUCUUUGAGAUCAACCUGCAGUCCGGCGAGGUGUUCACCAAGGUGGUGUUCGAUCGAGAGAAGCAGGGCGCCUACGCACUGGAGGUGGAAGCGCGCGACGGAGCCUCCUCUGCGCGUCCCAACAGCAACGGACAGCCCAACUCCGGUAAGUUUAAAACGACCAGUUUCUGAUUGGAGUCAUGGACGAAAGCAAGGUAAGGCAAGCAUGAAAAAUGUAAUAUCCACUAUAGGGUAGUUGUCCAGCUUAUUAAUAAGAAGGAGUUCUAAAACGGUGAUGAUUGCAGACUUGCUAAUAUUAAUCACUUUCACUCCACUGCAUCUCUGAAUUAGCGUCAUUGAGUAUUGUGUUGCGGUUUCAUUCCAUCUUGUCUGCAACGCUGCGACGUCUUUAUAACAGGGCGACACCCCUUCUUCACAGCAAAGAUCUAGAUUAAAUGUUUGUGUUCCAUCAGCGAAGUGAGUGCUGUAGCGCUUUCCAAUA